GAGAAUAUUGGCUAACUUGGUGGCUGAGUUUGAACUUUGAACUACAAUCAGCUUCAGGUUCGAACAAGACCUAUCAUGCAUUUCUCUUACUAUGCAUAUCUGUCUCUUGCCGACGGAAAUCCUAUUUCGCAUAUUCACAACUAUCUAUGGAGACACCACAUCAAUGUAUGAGGACUCCAUAACAAUCUCUCGUGCUACACUUGCUACUCUUGCAAGGACUUGCAGGACAUUCAAGGAGCCUGCGCUCGAUAUCCUUUGGAAACAUUUGGAUGGGUUCGAGCCACUCGUCUUGUGCUUACCUGAAAGUGUUAGAAACAGAGACGUGCAAGGAAAGUUGACACUCAAGAGACCUCCCUUCAUUAGAGAGUGGAGGAUUGUUUGCCAAUAUGCACAACGUAUCCACUUUUUGAGCAUCGAUCAGACGUCUCUAGACAUCAUAGACGACCGGGUCAUACAAACGCUGAUGUUUGCGUUACCACCCACACCGCUGUUACCGAAUCUUCGUACUUUGCAUUGGUGGGAUGCUCGAGAUAGGUUUCUUCCGUUGUUGCGCUUCUUGCUUGGGUCAACUAUCACAUCAUUGGAGCUUGGGUUUGACGAUCGGGCACCCUCUUUUGCCAGAUCUGCUUUGUUAACCUCGCUCAGUGCUCGAUGUCCAUUCAUCCGGGAAUUCACCUGCACAGGGCACGGCGAGGAUUCCCAAGAAAUUUUAGAUGUAAUAUGCGAAGCUGUGUGUGGUUGGCAGAAACUCUCCCAUUUCAGUACAGGAAUCCUUAACACACAAGCGCUUACUCAUCUGGCUACCUUAUCGUCACUGAAGUCUCUUUCCUUCGAGACAUGCGACUUGAAUGACAUGCAACCCAAUUCCACUCCAAUAUUUUUCCGCCAGCUCAAUGACGUGUCCAUUUCUACAUCAUCACCCUCUGCUCUCACUCAGUAUCUCAGAAAUGUUCAUUUUCUUUCUUGUCGAUCUAUGCAGUUGUCGAUCUAUCGAAACAACAAUGGGCCGGUUUAUGAUCCUCUGGAUAUUCCAGACUUCAUCGCCUCCCUCUCAGAGGGCUUCUCUCCCGAUCUCGAGCAACUCGAGGUCUUACUGAACACCGGGUUUGAAAGAUCUGAAGAACUUAACGAUCCCCGUUUUGCCAUUGCAUUUGGCGUGAUUGCUCCGUUGCUGUCGUUGCGUCGCUUAACAACACUGGAUCUCUCUUGGCUCUGUACAUCGGCCAUUGACGACGUCUCACUCAAAAGAAUGGCACAAUCUUGGCCUGAACUCGAGAGAUUCCAUUUUGGAGGAGGGGUUCGUUGGCUGGUCCCACCAUCACUCACCUUCAUAGGACUCAUCCACCUCGUACACCAUUGCCGGCGCUUGCACACCAUUGAAAUGACUUUUCAUGCCGGCUCAAUCGACACUAACAGCGAGUUGUUCUCUAAAAUCAUUCCCAAUAAUAAUAUCACCAGCGUGGACGUAGGGUUCUCUCCAAUCGUGGAUCCUUUUGCCGUGGCCUGUCAACUGCAUGCCCUACUACCCAAUUUGACUGAGGUUUUCGCCUUUCGGGACAUGUCCUUCGGGCCGGCGCUAUUUAAAAAUCUUGAGGCUGAAUGGAAAAGGGUGAAUGAAUUCCUCAAGACGCUUAUUGCAGGCGCAAAAAUAAAAGAGAAAAUAGACCAAAGACCAUACUAGUGCUCGUUACUGGCCUAACAUACUCAGGACCCUAGCUAUACCUUGGCUUAGCCAAUGGUCUACCUAUACCAUUGCAGGACCUUGUUGCUGCUUUUUUCAAGCUUUCUUCGUGGUAGUCGUUUAUUGAUACCACAACAUUUGCAUUAUACAUUGUGCACUUGUUCUCCUCGGCAGUCGAUGGUCAUAUCAGUUCGUCUCAAUAAUAAACGAAGUAUAAUAUACUUAUAUGUAGCGUCCAUCAACAUUCUAUUCCGUGCCAACAUUUGAC